UGUCAAUAUCAGAUCUUUCUUUAUUAUUUUAUUAUUGUUAUUAUCAACAAUCAAUAUCAAUUUAGGCUUGAAAUUCUAUUAAGUGAUUUGUUUAAAUGUCUUGCAAUUAUGCCGAAGGAUUAUCUCCUUACGAAAAUAAAGGAAUUCUUGGCUUGCCGGAAAAAUUCGAUGAUGAAAAAGUUUUAAACGAUAAAUGUGAAUCGUUAGUCAGCUUACUUGAAACAUCAAAACAUGUUGUUUUCCACACUGGAGCGGGAAUCAGCACAUCAGUAGGAAUACCAGAUUUUCGCGGACCUAAAGGAGUGUGGACUCUUGAGCAAAAAGGAGAAAAACCAAAUAUUAACGUUUCUUUUGAUGAUGCAAUACCUUCUAAAACUCAUAUGGCUAUUAAAGCUUUAGUUGAAAAAGGUUACAUUCAUUAUGUUGUUAGUCAAAACAUUGAUGGUUUACAUUUAAAAUCUGGGCUACAAAGAAAAUUUUUAGCUGAGCUUCAUGGAAAUAUGUUUAUAGAACAAUGUAACAAAUGUAAAAAGCAAUAUGUAAGAAACAAAUGCACUACGUCUGUGGGACAGAAAUAUAUAGGCGGUUUAUGUCGAGGUGGGGGAAAUUCAAGAGCUUGCCGUGGUGGUCAGUUGAUAGACAACAUAUUAGAUUGGGAGGCUGAUUUACCAGAUCGAGAUUUAGAAUUGUCAUUUUUAAAUUCAAGUUUAGCCGAUUUAAAUGUUUGUCUUGGAACCACAUUACAGAUCGUUCCCAGUGGUAAUUUACCGUUGAAGAACAAAAAGUUUGGUGGCAAAUUAAUAAUUUGUAAUUUGCAACCAACAAAACAUGAUAAAAAAGCUGAUUUAAUUAUAUCUGGAUAUGUGGACGUUAUAAUGAGUAAAGUUUGUAAGAGGUUAGGGAUUGAGAUUCCUGAUUAUAACGUUGAGGAUGAUCCUACAAAAAUGGUUUCAAAAAACAUAGAAUGGACAAUACAGUCUGAACAAAUAAAAGAAACGGAUAAAGUAUAUUCAAAUAAAUUGAAAGAUUAUAAUAAAAAGCGCAAAUUAAAUGGCGAUAUCGAAAUUAAAGACAAAAAGGAGAACUUCAAGAAAAUUAAGAAGAAAAAAGAAGAUAUUUAAUUCUUGAAAUUCCUUUUUGUAUUAUAUUUAUAUUUUGUUUCUGCAUUAUUCAUUCCUUAUAAAGUAUUUACUAAAGUUAGUUAUGUACUGUUGUAUUUUAAUUGUAAGAUCCUUAGAAUUAAGAAUGAA